GCUCUGGGGCUUGGACUGCCGUGGCUGGCUGGCUACUGGGUGGCGAGAAUGUGGCCGGAGCUGUACACCCUGCGCCUGAAGCUGCGAGCCCAGCUGCAGGCACCACUGCUGGGUGCACUGACCGCCGCCUUCCGCCAGGGGCCGCCGCAGCCGACCAGCCAGGAGCAGCGGGAGCAGCAGGCGAGGGCGAGGGCGGAGGCGGAGGCGGCGGAGGCUCAGCGGCAGCAGGAGCGGUGGGGCAGCUACGAAUGGGUUCGGCCGGACACGGAGGAUAGCGGGUAUGGUUUCGGAGACGACGGGAGCUACAGCUACAGCUACGGCAGGCAGCAGGCAGGCACGGGUGCGGGUACGGGUACAGGUACAGGUGCUGCCGGCGGCGGCGGCCGUACCUCCUCCUCCCACUCCUCCGCCUCCGACCCCCGCGGCUACUACCGCACGUUGGGGCUGCGCCCCGGCUGCAGCACCGCGGAGCUGCAGGCGGCAUUCAGGGCGGCAGCGCUGAGGUGGCACCCGGACAG